AACCCUACCUUUACAAAUAUAACAUCUCUCUCUUGUUUGGGGUUUUCAUUGGUAGCCGCUGCAGCUGAGAGAGAAAGAAGAGAGAGAAGCAGCAAUUCAUCAGAAUGGGUAAGGUUCAUGGAUCUCUCGCACGUGCGGGGAAAGUGAGAGGACAAACCCCCAAAGUGGCGAAGCAAGACAAGAAGAAGAAGCCACGUGGACGCGCUCACAAGAGAAUGCAAUACAACCGCCGAUUCGUCACCGCCGUGGUGGGAUUCGGAAAGAAGCGUGGACCAAACUCGUCGGAGAAGUGAGGGAGACGUGUGGAAAAUGGUUUUUCUUAGUUUGCAAAAUGUAUCACUUGUUUUUAUUUGAUUGAUGAACUCAAACUUUGAUAGUUAUGAUUGAGGUUCAAUGAAGGAGUUUUUUGCUAGUUAAUAUCAAACUAAUAUGAUUCUUCUUUAUAAACAAUUGUGCAAGAGUUUCUUCUA